UCGUUAAACCCCGAAGAAGAAGUUAACAGCACAGAAGUUUAUAACGAAAUGGCUUCGCUUCCUUUCGUUCGAGGGGCUCUACUCGUGUCGUUUUCGGUUCUUUUGACUGUAGUUCUGGGGUUCGGACUCCCAGCGUUGCUGAAUGCUGUCGCUAAAUGCUGUGGUUUUCCUGAGACCAGUGUGUCCGAGUGCAUAGUCGGGGUGUAUUUAAUUUUUGUACUCUAUGUCGCGACACCACGGAUACCCAGAGGAACGAUAGAGGUACAGGGAAAGGCAGUAUUCAUCACAGGCUGUGACAGUGGUUUUGGUCAUGCCACAGCUAAGCACCUCCACAAACUGGGCUUCACUGUCUUUGCUGGAUGUCUGUUCAAGGAUAAAGGUGGGGAGGGGUCCAAGGAGCUGGAGGAGAUGCAGUCAGAUCGGAUGAAGGUGGUUCAGCUGGAUGUCUGCAGUGAGGAGCAGGUGAACAGAGCUGUGGACUACGUCAACACACACCUGGACGACUCACAGAGAGGUCUGUGGGCGGUACUGAACAAUGCAGGCGUGUCUACGUUUGGAGAGGUGGAGUUUACGACCAUGGAGACGUACCGACAGGUGUCAGAGGUCAACCUGUGGGGGGUUAUCAGGGUCACCAAGGCCCUCCUGCCCCUCAUCCGUAGGGCCAAAGGUCGUGUGGUCAACCUGGCCAGCAUGUAUGGGCGGAUGGGCAAUGCCUUGCGUUCUCCAUACUGCGUAUCUAAAUAUGGUGUGGAAGCGUUCUCCGACUGUCUACGUUACGAGAUGAAGGCCUGGGGGGUCAAGGUCUCCGUCAUCGAGCCGGGGAACUUCAUUGUGGCAACGGGCAUCCUGACCCGGGACAUUGUGGCGACCACGGCUGAUAAACUGUGGCGCGAGGCGCCCCCUGGUGUCCAGGAGGACUAUGGCCACGCCCACUUCGACAAACACAUGGCUCUGAUGAGGUCAUACUGUAGCAGUGGACAGAAAGAUGUCCAGCCCGUCCUAGAUGACAUCACCGACGCCAUCACGUCACGCCGCCCGUUCACGCGCUAUAACCCCAUGGAGCCUCACUGGUGGAUCAGGAUGCAGGUGAUGACACACCUACCGGCCGCCAUCUCCGACCGUCUCUACUUCUGAACUGGAGGAUCCCUGUCUCCGAUCGUCUCCAUACGUACAGUGUAUCCUAUUGCAUUAUGGUUCCGUUCCACUUUAGAGUCUAAAAUUGGGGAAUUCCCUAUGGAAAAUUACAAGCGAUCGAUUCUCAAUAUGUUAAUCUAAUUUGAAUGAAUUUCCUGACUUGACUGAUUUAACAAUUCCUAUUCUCCUUGGAUCAUGAGGUCCAGAGACCACUGCUGUAGUUAAGGAUUCCUUCACACUGGAAAUCUCAGUGAUUGAGCCAUUUUGAACAUUAUGCACUAUUGUCCUAUCUACAAUAUAUACGUCAUUCACCCCCUUGGAAAUGGGACUUUUCUUCUUCUUAAGUAAUAACUGAAGCUGUGAUAUUCAAGUGAUGAAGCCGAUGUUUGGAGGUUAUAUUGGAGCGGGUGUUAGGUGUUUGGAGGUUAUAUUGGCGUGGGUGUUAGGCCCGAGGUGAACACCAGCUCCCAGGGCAUUAUCACUUUUAUAUGGGUUAUUAACAUGUUUUCAGAAACAUUAUUUUGAUGAAUUUACUCAUACAGUUUCAUCCUUCCACGAGAUAUAGUCCCGACACAAAUCUAGGGUUGCUACCCAAGCCGGCUGGUUGUUCAUUCUAUCGGUUCGGUUGCCAGAAACGCGACCCAGUCGUUGUCCUUUUGUUCUGUGUCUAGGGACGCGACCCAGUCGUUGUCCUUUUGUUCUGUGUCUAGGGACGCGACCCAGUCGUUGUCCUUUUGUUCUGUGUCUAGGGACGCGACCCAGUCGUUGUCCUUUUGUUCUGUGUCUAGGGACGCGACCCAGUCGUUGUCCUUUUGUUCUGUGUCUAGGGACGCGACCCAGUCGUUGUCCUUUUGUUCUGUGUCUAGGGACGCGACCCAGUCGUUGUCCUUUUGUUCUGUGUCUAGGGACGCGACCCAGUCGUUGUCCUUUUGUUCUGUGUCUAGGGACGCGACCCAGUCGUUGUCCUUUUUCUGUUCUGUGUCUAGGGACGCGACCCAGUCGUUGUCCUUUUGUUCUGUGUCUAGGGACGCGACCCAGUCGUUGUCCUUUUGUUCUGUGUCUAGGGACGCGACCCAGUCUUUGUUCUGUGUCUAGGGACGCGACCCAGUCGUUGUCCUUUUGUUCUGUGUCUAUGGACGAGACCCAGUCGUUGUCCUCGUUGUUCUGUGUCUAUGGACGAGACCCAGUCGUUGUCCUCGUUGUUCUGUAUCUAGGGACGAGACCCAGUCGUUGUCCUCGUUGUUCUGUGUCUAGGGACGAGACCCAGUCGUUGUCCUCGUUGUUCUGUAUCUAGGGACGAGACCCAGUCGUUGUCCUCGUUGUUCCAUUGCAAUGAUGGCUGGCAAUGAUCUUAUCCCUUGCUUGCUAUUUGGCUAACACAGUCAUGUCAAACAGUGUAGCCAGAAUAACAGCACAGUAGUUGGGGUUUAAGCUGUUUUCUAGUGACUCUUUCGGGAUACCUCCAUAACAAUGAGCUAAUGAUUUCUCCUGGCAUGGGACGCUUGCUGGUUCUCUCUCCCCCCCCCCUCCCCCUCCCCCCCAAAAUGAAGCUGGAAUGACAGCAAACGAGCUACAGUUACUGUUUUUCUGUUGACAUUUAAUUUGUAUAGAUAGAUAAAAAUGAUACUGAGUCAUGAUUUCGACUGGCUGAGAGAAGCUGCCUGUUUGUCCCGACAUGUUCAUUAACAGCUGGAGAUCCAAUUUCAAAAUUGUAUAUAUAUUUUUUUUUAUUAAUUUUUUGCAAACGCAAGGUUAUUACAAAUCUCCACUGUUGAAAACCAAUUGUUAAUCUAAAAGAAAUGUGAGAUAAUGUCUAGAUGCUUUUUAUAGUGGAGAUCAAGUUUAUAAGUUGCCUGGUUGGGCUGAUGAGACAGCGGGUUGCUUAGAGUAAAUAGGCAUUUUAACGUCAGAGAUUUAGCCUGUGGUAACUUGUAGAAUAGACAAUGGCUGGAAUGUGGUUUUAACCAACCAGGAUUAGACCCACCCAUAUAAACCUUGAUUGAGAAUUAUUCAACCCUCUGAGUCAAUACAUGUUAGAAUCACAUUUUGGCAGCGAUUACAGCUUAUGAGUCUUCUUGGGUUGGUAUCUAAGGGGCCGUUUCAGUCUGAGGAAAUGCCUUUGCACUUCUCAGUUGGUAUUCAGACUUACCAAGCACGUAUUGCGCUCUACAGGUGUGGCUACCAUGCCCUCAAUGAAUAAAUAUCAUUCAAUCACUGACAAACCUCCCACUUGCUAACCCAUUAUUUUCUUUAUUGUGAAGUUCACAUUCAAUAGUUUCAGUACAUUUAUCGAAAGCCAUCCCUUUAAAUAUGCUGUUCCUUUUUCUAAUUGGAAUUUUAUGUCUACAGACUCAGACUAUCGUGAGAUGGGUUGAGAAUAUUAUGGAUCAAUGAAAUUAAGCAUCAAAAUAUAUUUAUCUCUUUCAGCACCAACUCGUAGAUUUUUCUGGAUUAUUUCGUGCCAAUGUUAGGAAAGUGAAUCAUUCUAAUCAGGUUUGGUGAGCCUUUACGUAUUAAAUAUAUUAUUGAGUCAAAAAUAGUGUUAUGAUUCAUCCUGAAAGUUGCCGUAUUCAAGUUCAAGUCAUAAAAUAUUGUAAGGUGGGAAAAUGUGGACAAUAGUCGAACGAACUAAACAUGGAACUGUGAUGAACCGUGCGGCAGGUUUAAACUGCUACGUCCGAGUUCCAUAAGGCCUCUAAUAGACACCGGUAGCCUAAUGUCACCCUGGAACAACGACAGACGACCGAGGAAGGAAGGGGAAUGGUGCUAAAUGUAGGAAACUAUAGUGAAAGUUCGAACUGCGUGUGGGUAUUACUGACGGCGGCUCAUAUUUAGCAUGAUACAUGAUACGCAUUGUAAAGAAACUGAGAAAACAAUGAAAACAUUCUAAAGAGAAUACCUCAUGGCUGCAGGUUUGGCCAUUUAAAGGCCUAUAGAUUGGGUCUUUAAAAUGGCAAUCCCUGCAAGUUAUUAGGGCAUAACAGCCAUUUAUAGUCUAUUUCACUGUGGCGAGGGGCCGUAACACAUCUCAUGUUGAUAUGAUUUUAAUUUGGCCUCUUUAGGACUGGUUUCACCCUCUUUAGGACUGGAAAAAUAAUCUAGAACAGUUACUAUAUGUAGGCUAUCUUCAAAAAGCUUACUCAUUUUACCUAGCGGCAGGGUAGCCUCGUGGUUAGAGCAAGUUCAAAUCCCCGAGCUGACAAGUACAAAUCUGUCGUUCUGCCCCUGAACAAGGCAGUUCCCCGGUAGGCCGUCAUUGAAAAUAAGAAUGUGUUCUUAACUGACUUCCCUAGUUAAAUAAAUUAUUGAUUAUAAAUGACAAUGAAUGGCGUUAUUUCUAUCAAGAAUAAAAUGAAGGUAAAUUGGGCGGGUGUUUAAAUCUGACGAUUCUGUUACAAAACGUUUCUUAAGCAAAUGGCACGAAAUGGGGAGGGACCUACCUGAAUUUGUCCAAUAGAAACUCUUUUAUUAGCAAAACAGAACAAAUGAUUACACGCUAGAGGCAGGCAAGAGGGUGUGAGGUAGUAUUUAAUGUUCUCACUGGCUGUCACCUUGAUUACUCAAAUUAUUCUCUCAACCUUUUCACCUGCAUUGUAAACUUUCAUUCUAAGUCUGUUGUAGCAAUCUCAUGAUGGGUAUAGGUCAAAUUAGAGUAUCAUGUCGUGGCCUAAACAUAUCGAUGAUACAUUGAACUGGGUGAAUGAAAUAUGAAUGACAGUCAUCCAAUAUGCUGUAAUAGAAAUAAAGCCAUCCUCAUGAAAAUAAAUAAUCGUCCUCAAUCUCAAACGGCACCAGCCGUGGCUGAGGUCACUCCGUAGACAGGAAAGUGUAUAAAAAGGCAACACAGCGAUGCGCUCUGGACUGAACUUUCCCCUGAGAGCUUUCCACACCUCAAUUGUGCAAAAGUCUACAUAUUUUCAAGCAGAUUUAAGUCUCUAAACUGUAACUAGGCCACUCAGCAACAUGCAAUGUCAUCUUGGUAAGGCACUCCAGUUUUAUGUAGCCUGGUGUGUCAGGUUAGGACGAGGCAGUUACUCAGUGACGUGUUGGAUUUGCCCCAAACAUAAGACUUAGCAUUUAUGCCAAAAUGUUUAUUCCUUUUGCCGUGUUUGAAGAAAAAAGUUUUACUUCAGUGCCUUGUUAUAUACAGGAUGCUUGUUUUGUAGUUGUUGAGCCGUCCUCGGUUAUCUCCUGUCACAGCCAUUACACUCUGUAGCUGUUUUAAACUCACCAAGGGUCUCUCGUGGUAUUAUCCUUCCUGCCCUCCGUUCAGGAGGACUGUAUACUUGUUGUGUCUGGGUGGCAAUGAGACUUUCAAAAACGCUCCCUGGUCUUUGUAGUUUAAUCUGUGCUUGAAAUUCAAUAGUUGACCGAGGGACCUUUCGUAUGUAUGGGGGACAGAUGAAGGGGUAGUCAAUCAGGAAUCAUGUCAACCCCUACUAUUUCAUACAGUACAGGUAAUUUAUAAUUUGUUAAACAACAAUUUACUCCUGAACUCAUUUAGGUUUGCUUAAACAAAGGAGGUGAAUUUUUAUGCAAUGAUUUUUGUUAUUUGUUUUUAUUAAUGUGUAGAAAUGUAUUUUGUGUAGAACAAUAAAUAAAAUCACAAUCAAAUCCAUUCCAAUCCAAUUUUAACACAACAAAAUCCAAGGGGCUAAAUACUUGAGAUUAGGGUGUUUGAUAUGACCUGUUACCGUCUGAUUUAUUAUAAAUGAUGCAAUGCCUUGACAUUCA